AUGUCAACUAAACUUUAUGUUGGGAACCUCCACUGGGCUACCAACGACGAUUCUUUACGAAAUGCAUUUUCUGAGUACGGUCAAGUUCUUGAUGUGACCGUGAUGCGCGAUCGCGAAACAGGCCGGAGCAGAGGCUUUGGUUUUGUGACGUUCUUAGAUGCACAAGAAGCAGAUGCAGCUAUCGCAGGACUCAACGAUCAGGACCUUGAUAGUCGACGGAUCAGGGUGAACUUGGCGAAUACCAGGCCUAGUGGCAGUGGUGGCAGGGAGUGGGUGGUUAGUUAG